AUGGAGACUAAGGUGGCACGCGAUCAUGCUGAGCGAAUUCGUGUCAAAAUCGGCUUUGAAGGACUGUUUUAUGUUGAUAAUAAUGGCUUGAGUGGUGGUUUGGCAUUUUUUUGGAGGAAGAAUAAUACGGCACGUUUACUCAGUUACUCAACGAACUAUGUUGAUGUUGAGGUAACUAUUGCUGGUUUUCUACGAUGGCGUAUGACGUGUUAUUAUGGGUUUCCCGAACGUACAAGGCACACUGAAUCAUGGGAUCUCUUGAGAACGUUAUCUGGCAAAUCAAGUCUUCCGUGGAUUGUUGUGGGGGAUUUCAAUGAUUUGUUAUAUCAGUAUGAGAAGAAAGGGGGGAAUUCGCAUCCGAAUAGCCUCCUACGCGGUUUUGGGGAUGCUAUUGAAGAUUGUGGGCUUGCCCAAAUGCCGAUGGAUGGAUACCCGUAUACAUGGGAAAAGGGGAAGGGGAUAGUUAAUUGGUUUGAGGAGAGGCUUGACAAGGGAGGAAUGGGCCUGGUAAGAGGGGAUUUCGAUUUGAGAUGGCAUGGUUGUAUUAUGAGGGGUGUGGAGGUGGUUCAGCAGUCAUGGCAAGAAGGACGGGGACAGGGCUUGCAGAGCUGUAUUGAAUACUGUGGAGAUCGGUUAACACGAUGGGGUGGAGACCGGUACCACAAGUAUGGCAAACAGAUUAAUGACCUAAACAAGAAGCAGCAACGGUUGAGGGGAUGUACUGAUCCGUCCUCACUUGCCGAGUUUCAGCGCUUAGAACAGCUUCUAAGUCGCACUAAAGCCCAGGAGGAUGCUUACUGGAGGCAGAGAGCUAAGCAGCACUGGCUCAAGGAGGCCGACGCCAAUACGAAGAUUUUCCACAGGUAUGUUUCUCAUCGUAAAAAGAAGAAUACUAUAUCUAGAUUAAUGAAUGAUAAUGGGGACUGGGUGGAAGGGGAGCCUAUGAGAAAUAUUAUUUUUGAAUACUUCAAUCAUAUUUUCUGCUCUGAAAAUCCGGGAUCUGGAGAGGGUUUCUUUGAAGGUAUUGCCCCGCGGGUAACUCAGGCACAGGAUGAGACAUUGCUUAGGCCCUUUGAAUUGGAGGAGGGGGUGAUGUUAGUCACUGAUCUGCGUCCUAUAGCUCUCAGUAAUGUGAUUUAUAGGAUUAUGGCAAAAAUAAUUACUAAUAGAAUGAAGCCGUUGAUGGAGAUAAUUAUAUCGGAGUUUCAAUGUGCCUUUAUCCCUGAUAGACUAAUCACAGAUAAUAUCUUAUUAGCUGCGGAGGUUGGACAUUUUUUAAAUCGAAAGCAAUGUGGUAUGGUGGGGUGGAGUGCUCUUAAACUAGAUAUGGCAAAGGCCUAUGACCGGAUGGAAUGGUCUUUCCUUAGAAGCAUGAUGUUGGCAUUGGGCUUUGAUGAAAGAUGGGUGGAGUUGAUAAUGAAGUGUGUAACUACUGUUUCGUAUAACAUAUUGAUAAAUGGCUCCCGGAGUGACACCAUUGUACCGUCGCUGGGUUUAAGGCAAGGAGACCCAUUGUCCCCAUAUCUAUUCAUUAUUUGUGCAGAGGGACUUUCCUUACUAUUGCAGCAGGCUCAUAACUCAGGUUUGAUUUAUGGUUACAGAGUUGCGAGAGGUGCUCCCCCUAUCUCUCAUUUGUUUUUUGCUGAUGACAGUCUUUUAUUUUUUAAGGCUAAUGUGGAGGAGGCUAAUGAGAUUAAAAGAUGCCUAUCAAUUUACGAGAGUUUAUCUGGGCAGGAAGCUGUGGCUCAUGUAUUGGGAGUAGGGCAGGCUCCUAAUUUUGGCAAGUAUUUGGGUCUUCCCUCUUUUGUUGGAAGGAACAAAAAAGCAGCUUUCUCAUAUAUUGAGGAUAAAAUACGCCAGAGGAUUGGGUCGUGGAACAAGAGAUUAUUAUCACAGGCAGGAAAUGAGAUUUUGUUGAAAAGUGUGGCACAAGCUAUGCUUACCUUCUCAAUGAGUGUCUUUUUACUACCAGUAUCUGUGUGCACGGCAAUUGAAAGGACUAUGAAUCGUUACUGGUGGGACUCUGGAACUGAUAGGCGAAUACAUUGGAAGGCUUGA